CAUUUCUUGGGCAGGACUUCCGGCGGAAAAGCGGGCUGUCUCGGACACUCAGAGCCGGGUUCCUCCCCGGUUUCUCCCGGGUUUCUCCCUGCGGCUUUUGAGACUCUUGUGAAGAUGGCUUGCGCUACCGCGCGGUCCCCGGCCGACCAGGACAGGUUUAUUUGUAUCUAUCCUGCUUAUUUAAAUAAUAAGAAGACCAUCGCAGAGGGAAGGCGAAUCCCCAUAAGUAAGGCUGUUGAAAAUCCUACAGCUACAGAGAUUCAAGAUGUAUGUUCAGCAGUUGGACUUAACGUAUUUCUUGAGAAAAAUAAAAUGUACUCUAGAGAAUGGAAUCGUGAUGUCCAAUACAGAGGCAGAGUCCGGGUCCAGCUCAAACAGGAAGAUGGCAGCCUCUGCCUUGUACAGUUCCCAUCACGUUAAGAAUGUCUGAGGGGCCAGGCGGUGCUGGCAAGAUGGCUGCACUUGAGAAGAUGACGUUUCCCAAGAAGAUGACAUUUCCAGAGAAACCAAGCCACAAAAAGUACAGGGCUGCCCUGAAGAAGGAGAAACGAAAGAAACGUCGGCAGGAACUUGCUCGACUGAGAGACUCAGGACUCUCACAGGAGGAGGAAGAGGACACUUUUAUUGAAGAACAACAACUAGAAGAAGAGAAGCUAUUGGAAAGAGAGAGGGAAAGAUUACAUGAGGAGUGGUUGCUGAGAGAGCAGAAGGCACAAGAAGAAUUCAGAAUAAAGAAGGAAAAGGAAGAGGCGGCUAAAAAAUGGCAAGAAGAACAAGAGAGAAAGUUAAAGGAACAAUGGAAAGAACAGCAGAGGAAAGAGAGAGAAGAGGAGGAGCAGAAACAACAGGAGAAGAAAGAAAAAGAGGAAGCUGUGCAGAAGAUGCUGGAUCAGGCUGAAAAUGAUUUAGAAAAUGGUACCACAUGGCAAAACCCAGAACCACCGGUGGAUUUCAGAGUAAUGGAGAAGGAUCGAGCUAAUUGUCCCUUCUACAGUAAAACAGGAGCUUGCAGAUUUGGAGACAGAUGUUCACGUAAACAUAAUUUCCCAACAUCCAGUCCUACCCUACUUAUUAAGAGCAUGUUUACAACGUUUGGAAUGGAGCAGUGCAGGAGGGAUGACUAUGACCCUGACGCAAGCCUGGAGUACAGCGAGGAAGAAACCUACCAACAGUUCCUAGAUUUCUAUGAGGAUGUGUUGCCCGAGUUCAAGAACGUGGGGAAAGUGAUUCAGUUCAAGGUCAGCUGCAAUUUGGAACCUCACCUGAGGGGCAAUGUAUAUGUUCAGUACCAGUCGGAAGAAGAAUGCCAAGCAGCCCUUUCUCUGUUUAACGGACGAUGGUAUGCAGGACGACAGCUGCAAUGUGAAUUCUGCCCAGUGACCCGGUGGAAAAUGGCGAUUUGUGGUCUAUUUGAAAUACAACAAUGUCCAAGAGGAAAACACUGCAACUUUCUUCAUGUGUUCAGAAAUCCCAACAAUGAAUUCUGGGAAGCUAAUAGAGACAUCUAUUUGUCUCCAGAUCAGACUGGCUCCUCCUUUGGCAAGAACUCCGAGAGGAGGGAGAAGAUGGGCCACCACGACCACUACUACAGCAGGCAGCGGGGAAGGAGAAACCCUAGUCCAGACCACUCCUACAAAAGAAAUGGGGAAUCCGAGAGAAAAAAGAGUAGUCAUAGGGGGAAGAAAUCUCACAAACGCACAUCAAAGAGUCGGGAGAGGCACAAUUCACCAAGCAGAGGAAGAAACAGGCACCGCAGCUGGGACCAGGGCCGCCGGAGCCAGAGCCGCAGGAGCCACCGCAGCCGGAGCCAAAGUUCCCCUAGGUGCCGAAGUCGUGGCAGGAGGAGGUCGGGUAAUAGAGACAGAACUGUUCAGAGUCCCAAAUCCAAAUAAACUAGUUUUGUUCUUAAAAAAAAAAAAAAAAAAAAAAAAGAAUGGACCAGGCCAGGUAUAGUGGCUCACACCUGUAAUCCUAGCACUUUAGGAGGCUGAGGUGGGUGGAUCACUUGAGGUCAGGAGUUUGAGGCCAGCCUGGCCAACAUGGCAAAACCCCGUUUCUACUAAAAAUACAAAAAUUAGCCAGGUGUGGUGGCAGGCGUCUGUAAUCCAAGCUACUUGGGAGGCUGAGGCAGGAGAAUCGCUUGAAUCUGGAAGGUGGAGGUUGCAGUGAGUCGACAUCAUGCCACUUCACUGCAGCCUGGGUGACAGAGCAAGACUGUGUCUCAAAAAAUAGAAUUUUUGGACUAGUGGAACCACACAGCCUGCUUUCCAUAUCAGACCAUUCAACCCAAUGCGAUUCACUGCCAUAAUCUCCAUGUUAUGAUUUUAAGCCAGGCCUCUCUUCACCUUUCCUAUUCCUUACAUUUAAAGACUCCAAAGCUUGUUUACUGAGCACAGAUCUUGGAAAACAGGAUCUUCAGACUUGGGAAAGCAUGACAGUAGAUGAUGGAAGGGUAAAGACGCAGACUAGCAUCUAGUAGUCUCACUACACAUGGAUAGUAAUGCUAUGUGCAUGAAUGUGCAAUCAUGCAAAAACUCAAAUCAGCCUUCCGCACACACACAAUGGUAGACUAAGACCUCUGUUAAAGGUCCAAGCACUCCAAGGAAGCCAGCGCCUUGAGGUACCCUCAGUAUGUGCCAAGUAGUUCCAUGUUACUCUUAGUUUUCCCAGCAACUCCGCUCUAGCAUGCCCUAGGUUUAGCCAGCAGCAGAUCUUACUGAAUUAUAAGAUGUUGCCAGAGGUUCAGAACCUUGGUUUUUUUGAGAUACGCAUUUGCAUUGACCCAAAAUGGAGAAUUAAAUGACUGUAUUUUUCACUGGCAUUAGCUUUGUUUCCUUGGCAUAGUGCCAGUGAAUUACAGCAGACCCUGCAAGACCACCUCUCUAGUUAUUUCCCUGUGGAAGCCUUUUGGUUGGUUUUGUUUUUUUGUUUUUUUUGUUUUUUUUUUUUUUUUUGAGACGGAGUCUUGCUCUGUUGCCAAGCGGGAGUGCAGUGGCGCGAUCAGCUCACUGCAACCUCCGCCUCCCAGAGUCAAGUGAUUCCCCUGCCUCAACCUCUCGAGUAGCUGGUACUACAGGCACGUGCCACCGUGCCCAGCUAAUUUUUUGUAUUUUAGUAGAGACAGGGUUUCACCAUGUUGGCCAGGAUGGUCUUGAUCUGACCUCGUGAUCUGCCCACCUUGGCCUCCCAAUGUGCUUAGGAUUAUAGGCGUGAGCCACUGCGCCCUGCUGCCUUUUGGUUUUUAAUAUCCAAAAUUCAUAUAAUGUUUUACUGUAGUUGCUUAUAUAGGAAAAGCUAUACAUCCCCAAAAUGCAAUACAACAUUAUGAUAUGCAGGAAAUGUCUUGAGUAACAUUUUUGACAGCAUAUCAGAAUCCUUGGUGGACAUUUUGAAGAAUAUGCAGAGCAUCACAGGGGAUGUGCUAUGCAUUCCUGCACACAGAGCAAUUGUUUCUUACUAUAUUAACUAUUUGGAGAGCAGCAAGUGUUUUUAGCAUCUAACAUCCUAACAUGAUAUUUGUUACUUAUAUAUAGGUAUUUUGCUGUAUUUUAUUAAUACUUAGCGAAUUCGUUGAGUUUUACAUUGACAUGUAAUACAUUAAAAUUUUUCCCACUUAAAAUAGUGGAAAAUAAGCUUCUGCAUAGAAUGUAUUCCUACAUAGAAUAUCUGAUUUUCAGAAAUGGAUUAUCAAGAGAGAGACAGAUGUCCAUAUUAAAACCAGAGCAUUAAGGUGAAGUGAAAAUGACUCAUUGGAUUAAGAAUCAGGAGAGGUGGGGCUGGACGCAGUGGCUUAACGCCUGUAAUCCUAGCACUUUAGGAGGCCGAGGCAGGUGGAUCACGAGGUCAAGAGAUCGAGACCAUCCUGGCCAACAUGGUGAAACCGUGUCUCUACUAAAAUUAGAAAAAAAAUAGCCGGGCAUUGUGGUGGGCACCUGUAGUCCCAGCCACUCAGGAGGCUGAGGCAGGAGAAUCACUGGAACCCAGGAGACGGAGGUUACAGUGAGCUGAGAUUGCGCCACUGCACUCCAGCCUGGCGACAGAGCGAGACUCUGUCUCAAAAAAAAAAAAAAAAUCAGGAGAGGUGGGGUGUGUUUUAUGACUUUAGGCAAAUCAACGUAAGAGACAGUUUUCUGCAGAGUUUUAGGAAAGUCACAAAUUAAUGUACUUGAAGAAAGUAUACAAUAGAAUAGUAGUAUUACCAAAUCCUAAAGUUCUUAUUGGGGAAAAUCUCUGAAAUAUUACCUGCCUAUGUAGAUGCCAACCCUUCAGCAAUCCAGACAAGCUUAUUAUAUUUUCUGGAUGAAUUAAGUCAAGUGUCCACAGUUUUGUACCUCUUCAAUGUGAUUACUUUGUAGGCUAGACUGCAGACUGUUAAUUGACUACUUUCUGGUACCCUCUAGCUAUUGUCUUGAGACAGUAAAAUAAUUACUGCUCUCUAGCUACAUCCUUAGCAUUUUCCAGUUCUGAAAUGAAAUCAUUUUCUUAUGUUAAAAAUAAAGUUAAUUACUGUUCAA